GUUCCAACGAAAGUCCCUUGCAAGCGAACCACACACACACACACAUCAUUCCGGUCCGUGUCCCACCCGCACUACUGCUUAAACGAUGUCCUCCGAAGAAGACCUGCGCUCCGAUGACGACGACGAACAAGAAGACGUAGAUGACUACUCUGACGACGACGACGAAGUGACGUCCAAGAAGCGCAAGGGCAGCGCCGCUGCGGCGCCCAAGGCGAAGAAGAAGAAAAAACCAAAGGUCAUGAGCUUCAUCGAUGACAUGGCCGACGAAGCCUCGGACGACGAGAGCGAUGAUGACUAUGACCGAGGUGACUUCCUUCCAGACGAGCGGCAUCUCGCGGAAGAAGAGAAGGAAGAACUGGACCACCAGAGCCACCAUCAGUACAACCAGCACCGCAACAACGCCGCACACAACGACGACGACACGGAAGACAUUAUCCGCGAGCUGAAAAAGCGAUCCAAGCAACAGAGUCGGCGCGGCAACGAAGACGACGACGAGGACACUGUCGAGUCUAUGCAGUCGGCGGUUGCCCAACAGGCACUGUUGCCAUCGAUCCAGGAUCCGCGCAUGUGGGUGUUCAAAUGCAAGCCGGGACGCGAGCAGCACUUGGUCAUGGCGCUCAUGAACAAGUUUUUGGAAUUCGCCAAGCGCGGCACGCCGCUCCCAAUCAAGUCUGUGAUCGCGUCGAGUUCCAAGGGCUUCAUAUACGUCGAGUCGGAGCGAGAACCGUACGCCAAGGACGCGGUCAACGGCAUCCGCGACAUCUUCCCGUGGUCCAUGAAGCUCGUGCCGAUCCACGAAAUGACUGCUGUCCUGACCAUCCAAAACAAGAAGACGCCCGUCACAGCUGGCUGUUGGGCGCGGUUCAAGCGCGCUGGUUUGUACAAGGGCGACUUGUGCAAAGUGGUCGAGAUUGUCGACAACGGCUUGCGGGCAGUGGUCAAACACAUUCCUCGUCUCGAUCAAAUCGUUCUUCAAGGCGGCGACCAGCCCAAGUACAAAAAGGGUCAGCGUCCCCCGCUCAAGCUGUUCAACGCGACAUCUCUCCAGGGCACGUCGGCGGAAGUGAGUCGCAAGCGGCAUCCGGUGCUCGAUGGGAUGAUGGACUUCUUUGACAAUGAAUGGUUCAAGGACGGGUUCCUGUACAAAGAACUGAACAUUGCGACGAUGCUCCAACUCGACGAAGUCAACCCGACGCUGGACGAAAUCAACAAGUUUUCCCACACAACGACCGACUUUGGCGACUCGGACACCGACCAGCCGGCAUCGUCCGUGUCCAAGCUGGACCUAGGGGAUGCCGACGCAUGGAAGAACAAGGUGGAUCUGACCAAGGGAGACACGGUCAAGGUGAUUGAGGGCGAUCUGGUCAACCUGCUGGGGGUCGUCGUUGGCACCAACUCGACCAACGACACGGUGCGCGUGAUGCCGCUGCACGACGAAAUCAAAGACACUAUAUUGGACUUUCAACUCAAGCAACUGAUCAAGAUCGUCAAGGUGGGGGCCCAUAUUAAAGUCGUGUCGGGGCGGUAUUCCGGUGAAACGGGCACGGUUGUGAGCCUAGAUGAAUCGCUUGGGGCACCCGUGGCGAUUGUGCUAGUGGACACGCAAGCCAAGGAGAUCCAGGUCCGCGUGCGCGACAUCCAAGAGUCGGCCGAGGUGUCGCAGGGAUUGGACUCGCUCAAGGGCAAGGAACUGUACGAUUUGGUCGCGCUCCCGCAUGGCGAAGUGGGCGUCAUCACACAUGUCGGCCGCGACAGCUUCACGGUGCUGGCUCAGAACGGCCAAACCAAGAGCAUUGCGGACCAGGAAAUCCAGCGCAAGAUCUUUUCGACGCGGGCGUCGGCAUUGGACAAGAAGGGCAACCCGAUCACGGUGGGGGAGAUGGUGCAAGUGGUCGAAGGGUCGUUCUCGGGCCAAACUGGCACGAUCAAGCACAUUUACCGCAGUUAUAUCUUUCUCCACAACAACCGCGUGACGAUGAACGCGGGUAUUUUCAUGGUGCGCAACCGCCAACUCAUCUUGUCCGGAGACAAGGUCAAGUCGAACAACGCUCCAGGCAGUGGAAGCAGUGGCCAUGGUGGCGGCGGGAGCGACCGGUACGGCGGCGGCGGUGGUCGCCCCAACGACCGCCAGCAACAGCAGCGUGGCGGUCCUCGCGGCGCGUUCCAGUCGGAUCUGGUUGGCAAGACGGUCAAGAUCAAGCGAGGCCAGUGGAAGGGCUACAUUGGGAUGGUUGUGGACGAAGGCGACACAACGGUGAAAGUCGAGAUGCAUUGCAAUUCAAAGUGCAUUGAAGUGGAGAAGAAGAUUGUCAACGUGGCCGGCGACCGCCAAGGCGUGCACGUCGACCGCACCCACGGCAGUAGCACGACCAUGUCGUCGGCGCAGACCCCCAUGGUAUCCCAGACCCCGCUGCAUCACGGGAUGACGCCGAUGGCAACGCCGCUGCACAACGCACCGCGGACGCCAUCCUCCCGGAGCUACUCGUCGGGGUCGCGGACGCCUCAGCACGACGCGUGGUCAUCCCACAACGACGACCAGCUCCUGGAAGCCAACAUUCCCCACGAACGCGAGAUUUCCCACGCGCAAAGCUUUGGGACGCCGUUGGAACCGGUGGUACCGUCCGAGUUUGGUGUUGCGAGCACGUACAAACAGUCGAGUUACAACGACAUGAACUCGAUGCUCAACCAUCCGACGACCCCGGGAUUGCUCAACCCAACGACCCCCGGGUUUCAAGGUCCGUACAGUACCCCGGGGGGACUUCAGCCCACGACGCCGUUCGUGUCGACGCCAGGCAUGCCGCACAACUCGGUGCAAACCCCGCUGCAGACGCCGUUCCAGAGCCACCACUCGUCGUUUGGCCCGACGACACCAGGCAUCAACAUGAUGCACGGCCACCAUCACCACCCCACCACCCCCGGGGUUAUGAACCCCACCACCCCCGGGUUCUCUGCGUAUACCCCGAUGAACCCGACGACGCCGGGGCUGUUUGCAAAGGGAACCCCCGCGGGUGCCGUGACCCCCCAUGGCGUAGGUAUUGGCGCCACCCCCGCCCCCAUGACGCCGGCAUCCGGACAGUACUACGACAACGGCUUCGGCACGUCGAGUGGCGGCGGCGGCGAGGCAUCGUGGAUGAGCAAGGGCGUGGUGGUUGAAGUGGCCACCCCCGGCGAGCACUACAAGGCUCAAGGCGUGAUUGUCUCAGUUGGACAUGAUGCGUGCUUGUUAGACGUUCGAGGCCAGACAGUCAGCAUCCACGUGGACGACUUGAACCAUGUGAUGCCAGAAAAGGGAGACAACGUCAAGAUUCUGGUCGGAGACGAAGCCGGCAAGACGGGUGUGUUGAUUGGGACCGACGCCAACGACGGCAUUGUCAAGAUGGACGGCACGGCCGAAAUUAAGAUUUACCCCCGCAGUCACUUGGCCAAAGUGGCCAACUAAGUAGUAGUAGGUAGUAGCGGCUACAACCAGGUGGUGGUGCUACGACUACCGGUAGUCUAAUUGUAUUUGAAACAAAAAACAUGAAUAUAGUAGAAGUACUGUGAUGGCA